AUGCAGGACAUUUUGCUGCAGCUUAAGGAGUUUGAGGAGGACGUUGUGGAUGGCGCUACUGCGGCACAGGCCAGAGCUGUUGUGGCCAUGGACCUCAAGGGGGCCUUCGACAACGUCUCCCACGACCUAAUUAUCGACAAUCUGGCUUCUUGCCAAAGCGGCACACGUACCUAUAACUACGUCAGAGCUUUCCUUUUGGACAGCACAGCCAAUAUUGGUAUACGAGAGCUCCGGCCGGGCAUCAUCAAACUCACAGGUAAAGGUACACCACAGGGCUCGAUUCUAUCGUCCACCCUCUUCAACGUGGCUAUGGCUAAGCUGCCCCCCUUACUAGACCAGAUACCCACCAUCCGGCACGCUCUCUACACUGACAAAGUUACGAUCUGGGCAACGCAGGAAUCCGACGGGGCCAUCCAGGAUGCUCUCCAGGAAGCUGUGCGUGUUAUGCAAAACUAUGCGACCACAAGAGGCCUUGCCUCUGCAGCCGAAAAGUACAAAUUCUUCCUCAUGCACAGGCGGUGCCGCAGAACCGACAAGUCCCCUAAUAUCUUCCUGUUUUUACACGGCAGCCCCAUCCCUCAGGUAGCUAGACUCCGUAUCUUGGGCCUCCACAUUCAGUCUGAUGGCAAAGCCUCGCACACUAUGCACCUUUUGGGACAGCAGAUGGCAUAA